AUGCUUCAAACGUUCACUCUUGCUCUUCUUCUUGUGGCUGUCGUUGCCCAGUCGGUUCUUAUCGAAAAGGUAAUCAAAUUGAAAGCUCGUCUUCCUAAUUUGUCAGGAAAAUUUCAGACCCCUACUUCUGAUGGGACUCAACCAAUUCUUAACACGGACCUAGCCCUUUUGGGGAAUGAUGUUCAAUCGUUGAGCUUAGAUUUGACCCAAGAAGGUCAGUCCUCUGAUGUCGUCGUGCGUGCGAAACGAUACUACGGUUGUGGAUGUGGGUGUGGGUGUGCUACCGUUGCCGCCGUUUCUGCUGCUCCAUGCGGUUAUGGAUGCUGUGGAUGUGGAUAUGGAAAAUAA